AUGGAAGGACUCGGAGUUGCUGCAAGCGUUAUUGCGGUCGUGGAGCUGUCCGCCAAGGUCGCUUCACUGUGUCUCGAAUACUCCAAGGGCGUCAAGAACGCCAAGGAUGACAUCGCCCGACUCCGCACGGAAGUUGUCGGUCUCCAAAGCGCUGCAAAGAGUGUCGACGAGCUGCUUAUUGGACCAAGCGGCGAGAGACUGAAAGCUUCUCAGCAGUUGCGCAACACCGUUCGUGAAUCCCAGGCGCAACUGCGAACCCUGCACGAGCGCCUUCGCCCAAAGACAGCGCGUGAGGCAUUGACACGGCUCCGGCUCCGUGCUCUUAAAUGGCCAUUCGAGAACAGUGAAGUCGAGAAGGUCAUACAAGACAUUACGCGAUGCACACAGGCGAUUAAUCUGGCGCUGCAAGUUGAUCAGACGUACGUUACUCAGCUCACUACCCAUCAGCACGAAGGUGACGAGCCAAUCUUAGGACUCUUAUUCUCGAUCUCGAUCAGAAGGCCGUGCUCGGCCGCCUCGAGAAUGAAGUUGCCGUGGGGGCUUCUUUCGACUCCCGCGCUGAAGGACAGAACCCGACGUGUCUAUCGGAUACCCGAGCCGAACUUCUGCAACAAAUAUCCGCAUGGGCUCUCGACGCCGAAGCCGAGGCAGUGUUUUGGCUCAACGGUAUGGCAGGCACAGGGAAGUCUACCAUAUCUCGGACCGUCAGGCGAGACGGAUCGAGGGAACAUGUCUAAGUUCGUCUCUACAAUUGCGGCCGACCUGACGGGAAGAGUGCCUGCCACCGCUCGUCAUGUUAAAAAGGCCUUUGACGAUGACCCUGGGAUCUUGCGACGGACAAUGCGAGAGCAGUUUAACAAGCUCAUUUGGCACCCAAUGUUGAUGCUGGCCCCAGAUCCGAAUCGAAGGGCAAUCGUCAUCAUUGUUGAUGCACUAGAUGAGUGCAAGACGGAGGAUGACGUCAAACUCAUGAUUCAUCUCUUCUCUCGCACCAGGACGCUGCAGUCCUUGCGGCUCAAAGUCUUCUUGACCAGCCGACCGGAAUUGCCAAUCCGUCUCGGGUUCAAGGCCAUAGAGGGCAAUUACCGAGACUUGAUACUCCACGAGAUACCGGAGACCGUGGUCGGGCGUGAUAUAUCCACCUUUCUGGAGCACGAGCUUGCAAAGAUCCGAGAUGAAUAUAACUUGUCGGUCCCGGAAGACCGACAGCUUGGCGGAGACUGGCCGGGGCGGUCGAAUACCCAGACCCUAUUGGAGAUGGCAAUCCCGCUCUUUAUUGUUGCUGCGACCGUAUGCCUCUUCAUUGCUGACCGAAGGAUCGGAACGCCCGAUACACAACUGAAGAAAGUUCUUCAUCGAGCAGGGGCCGGCCAUUUGUCACAACUAUGCAAAACGUACAUGCCCGUCUUGGACAACCUUAUUGCUGACUUACUUGUUAAGCAGCAAGAAGAAAUCCUUCUUGGCUUUCGAAACAUUGUCGGCUCGAUUAUUAUCCUCGCAAGCCCCUUAUCAACAGCUGCCCUGGCGCGGAUGCUCGACAUUCCCAGGAAUGAUGUUGAUGGAGAAUUGGAUAUGCUCCAUUCCGUGCUAAGCGUCCCUCCGUCUCCCGAGGAACCCGUUAGGUUGCUGCAUCUGUCCUUCCGCGACUUCUUGCUAGACUCCGAGCUGCGGUCGGAGAACAGAUUCUGGGUUGAUGAGGUGCAAGCCCACACGCAGAUGGCAGCUAACUGUCUGCGUAUUAUGAACGAAUUCCUCCGAGCAGACAUCUGUGAUCUACGACUAUCGAGAAUGGAGAGUUCAAUAAUAGAUAGUCAGAAGAUCGACGCUUACAUCCCGGCUGAAGUCCAGUAUGCCUGCUUAAAUUGGGUAUUCCACCUCCAAGGCGCAAGGAAGCGUAGUGGCAACUGUCACGAAGCUUACUCAUUCCUGAAACGCCAUUUCCUGCACUGGAUCGAAGCGCUAAGUUUAAUGCGACGAGCGCCGGAAAGCAUUGGCAUGAGCAGAAUGCUACAAGCCCUCCUACGGGUAAGCCAAUGCAAUGAUAUGCAAAGACAAGGUUACUCACUAUACAGCAGCCCAAGAGUAACAACGCGCUGUCCCAAUUUCUCGAGGAUGCCGUACGGAUUCUCCAAAAAUUUAUUUCAGAAUGAGCUGCCAGAUUGGAUAGUAAUCAAGCCGCGUGCAGCGAGCAAUUGGGAUGAAUGCAUACAGACCCUCGAGGACCACAGCAGCGUCAAUUCGGUAGCCUUCUCGCACGACUCGGCGCUCGUGGCCUCGGCCUCAGACGAUCAGACGGUGCGGCUCUGGCGCGCUAAUACGGGCGAGUGUACCCGAGAACUCGAGGGCCAUAGCGGCCAGGUCAGCUCGGUAGGCCAUAGCGGCCAGGUCAGCUCGGUAGCCUUCUCGCACGACUCGGCGCUCGUGGUAUCCGGCUCGCUCGAUAAGACGGUCCGGCUAUGGCGUGCCAACGAGGGCGAGUGCAUCCAAGUACUCAAGGGCCAUCGCGAGUGGGUAAACUCUGUGGCCUUCUCGCACGACUCGGCGCUCGUAGCCUCGGCCUCAGACGAUCAGACGGUGCGGCUCUGGCGCGCCGAUGCGGACACAUACGUCCCGGAACUCGAGGGCCAUAGGAGCAGGGUCUGUUCGGUAGCCUUCUCGCACGACUUAGCGCUCGUGGCCUCGGCCUCAGACGAUCAGAUGGUGCGGCUCUGGCGCGCUAAUACGGGCGAGUGUAUCCAGGUACUCGAGGGUCAUCGAGGCCGGGUAAACUCUGUGGCCUUCUCGUAUAACUCGGCGCUCGUGGUAUCGGCCUCGGCCGAUCGGACGGUCCGGCUAUGGCGCACCGAUACGGGAACGAAUAUGCUAGAACUUAAGGGCCAUACUAGCUCGGUUGCAUCGGUAGCCUUCUCAUGGGAUGACUCGGCGCUCGUAGUAUCGGGUUCAUACGAUAAGACGGUACGACUAUGGAGCGCCGAUACGGGAACGUGCAUCCAUAAACUCGAGGGCCAUAGCGAUUGGGUUGGGCCGGUAGCCUUCUCGCACGACUCGGCGCUCGUGGCAUCCGGCUCGCACGAUAAGACGGUGCGGCUAUGGUGUGCCAAGACGGGCGAGUGCAUUCGAGAACUCAAGGGCCACAACACGUGGGUUAGGUCGGUAGCCUUCUCUCGCGACUCGGAGCUAGUAGUAUCCACGUCGGUCGAUAAGGCAGUCCGGCUAUGGCGCGCCGAUACAGGCAAGUGUAUCCGGGAACUCGACAUUGCCGUUGCGUCUGAUCGCAUAUCUUUCGAACCUGGCAACUUGCUGCUCAUCACAGACGUUGGGGCGUUCACUACCGAGAGAACUUCGCCUAUUUCUUACGCCACUGGCUGCGGCUUCAGCAUAGACUAUUCUUGGAUCACAUGGAAUGGGAAAAAAUUGCUCUGGCUGCCGGUGGAAUAUCGGCCAUCUUGCUCAUCAACCCGUGGGUCAACAGUCGCACUUGGCUGUGACUCGGGAAGAGUUUUUGUAAUCGGAAUUUCCACUUAA